CCCCCGUUAAUCUCUUUGCAUUGGUGCUUAGCCACUUGCUACAAAAAUAGCACUGAAGACACAGCGCCUAGCUACCCACUGAGCUUUUCCCAACCAGAAGUGGAGUAUCCACGGCUGAAAAAAUGGCCUCGCUGGGGGAGCCGGUGCGAUUAGAAAGAGACAUUUCUCGUGCCAUAGAGCUGCUGGACAAACUCCAGAAAACAGGAGAAGUUCCGCCUCAGAAGCUGCAGGCCCUACAGAGGGUUUUGCAAAGCGAGUUCUGCAACGCUGUACGAGAGGUUUAUGAACAUGUGUAUGAGACAGUGGACAUUAACAGCAGUCCAGAGGUCAGAGCCAAUGCCACAGCAAAGGCCACAGUGGCAGCAUUUGCUGCAAGCGAAGGACACUCCCACCCUCGCGUGGUGGAGCUGCCAAAAACCGAGGAAGGCCUCGGUUUCAACAUCAUGGGAGGAAAAGAGCAGAACUCGCCCAUCUACAUCUCCCGCAUCAUCCCCGGAGGCAUUGCCGACCGUCAUGGUGGCCUCAAGAGAGGAGACCAGCUGCUCUCGGUCAACGGAGUGAGUGUGGAAGGGGAGCACCAUGAGAAGGCGGUGGAGCUCUUAAAGGCAGCUCAGGGCACCGUCAAGCUUGUAGUGCGCUACACCCCUAAAGUGCUGGAGGAGAUGGAGUCUCGGUUUGAGAAGAUGCGAUCUGCCAAACGCCGCCAACAGAACAGCUACCCGCAGUAGGGUAACCUGCCUGUGGCCCACAUGUCCUCUCUCUAUCUCUCUCUCGUUCUUUCUAUCUUCUUUCUCACAUUCUUUCUGCCCAGGGAUUGGACACACACAUGGCACUUCUUUUUUCUGCUUUUCCAGACUUUUCUAAAACUUCGUUAUACUUCAAGUUUGAGCACACUCUUUUUCACGGUUUUGUGGAAAUAAACACUACUACACCCCCGACCCCUCCCCCCUCUGUGGUUACACUCAAACACAACGACACGCAAUGUACAUCACUCUGUGUCAGGUGAAGGUCGAAGGGUCAGGAUUGCAAAGGGACCAUCACUGAUUCGCUUCUGAGGUCAUUUUAAAUGAAAGGAUAAAAGUUUAAAAAGUGCCUCAAGAGCUUAAAGAAAAAUGCAAUAGCUCUCUAGAACCAUUUGGGUUCUACUAUAUUGAAUGUUACAUCUACUGACACAUGAGCAAAAUGAAUGGACAUACAUCUAAGCACUUGAACACUUCUAACAUUGAGAUGGGUGUAAGCAGGGAGUUGGGAGUGGGAACAAGAUGUGUCAUACAUCACUUACAAGGUUCGUGUCAAGAUCCGCUGGAAAGUUAGGUCACACUGCUCAACAAGUAAGAACACGAUCAUGACUUAUGUUGCAUUCUUUGUUUUAUCUUAGUUUUGCUCUAUUAAUAAAAAAUAUAUAUAUAUUUCAUGGGGUCCAUGGAGGGUGAAUUUUUUUUUAUUUAUUUAUUGAUUUUUUUUUUUUAAAUCACAUGAUGAUGCUUUUAGUUAAUUAGGUUAGGGAUUGAAUAGAAGAUCCUGGAUUUUUCUUUUUUACUAUUUUUUUUUUUGUUCUAGUUACUAGCUUUUCCUGCAUUUCCAGUUUCUACUCACAAUCAUACAGCAACAUGAAGCAACAAGGUAAUCUAAAAUGUAGAAGGAUUGGUGAAGUAAAUGUUAAGCACUGACUCCCUUCACACUGAAGACUUGGGUGAAAAUAUUUAAUUACACACUGAGAUAUUUAUUUCUUUUUAAUGUAUCCUAGACAUAUUUUGUAGCAUAAAAUUUUUAUGUAUAUGCAGUAGUUAUAGGAUUUAUUUGGUAUUCCUAUUGCCAGGGGGUUUUUUUUGUUUGUUUUUUUUUGUUUGUUUUUUUUUGUUUGUUUUUUUUUGUUUGUUUUUUCCCUUUUUAGUAGAUUUGAUUUUUAGUUGCUUAGUCUGUUUACUGUCUUUAAAUUCCUGAUUAUUUUUCAUUUACUUCACUGAGUGAGAUUCAUUAUUCAGUAAACACAGUCACGAAUGUUCUCUAAAUCCUGCUUAUUCAUCUCAUGGCAAUAUUUGUACCGGUUCAGAAAUCAUUCCACAGACGCUUCAGACUUUCGCACUUGUGCUCACGAUAAAAAAGACAAUGUUUUUAAAUGUGUUUUUAACCUUAAACGCACUUAUUUACACUGUCACGAUUGAAAGAAAACGUCUCUUCUUCUCCAUCACGUAAACUAUUUAGCAUGUUUCUGAUUGUAGACGUUCAUUAAUCCUGGAGAGAUGUGAAGGGAGGUGGUCUGAUCUCUUGCGUAAAAAAAAAAAAAAAAAAAAAUGAAGCCUUCUGGUAAUUACAAUGGUUCAGUCUUCCUUAAAAACCAUUCUGGAAAGUGAAAGAGUCGGAUGCUUUGUUUGAAGUUUUGAGAGCUCAGGUUGCAUUUCUCCAUCUCUGACUUUCCCUGACAUUUCACAACCCGAAGUUACACUAAGCAAUAAAGCUUGCUCUUCUUUCUCCAGCCCCUCACUACUAAAUCUGCGUCACUGUUCACUUUUGGAAGGCUUACUUGCUAUUUUUGUAAACGGCAUUUUCUUAUGAUGUUUUGCUUGCCUUUUUUGAUAAAUUUUAUUCACAGGAUUUUGUUUCCAAGGAAUUAUUUGUAUUGUUUUACUGAGGACAUUGUCCCAUCGUUUUUUCGAGUACAAAGACCAAACGUGCAAUUUUUCUGACCGCAAUUUGAUAUCAUGUUGAAUGUCCAAUAUGCUAGUUUGGGAAUGUUGCUUUAAUGAGCCUAAAUAUUGUUGUAUCAUUUGACAUUGCUUUUCUUUCCUGGUGAAUUGUCUUACUUGUACUGUAGAUGCAUAGACUUAAAUAUUACUUCUUAGGUUCACUACUUCAGAGUAAUGAUUUCAAGCUGCACAAAAUAAAUUACACAAAUACUG